AUGUCCGACGCACAGAACCGAUCCCAGGGAAACUUUGUGGUCAAGGACCCCGAGGUCGCCGGCGGGGCGGCCCUCGGCAAGAAUAAUGACAAGAUUCUAGGUCACCACGUCGUCGGGAAAAAUACUGGCGGCGGCGGUAGUGGUCAUGCCGUCAAGAGCGGUACCGGCGAGGCCCGCCGUCAUUUGCAGCAGCGGGGAGACCAAGUUGAUGAUGACGAUGAGUUUACUGGCCAGAAAAAGAGACAGCAGCAGCAGGACGACGACCUCGGGGGCAGCCGGGGUGGAAAUGACGAGCCCGGGAGGAAUCGCCAGACUGGUGAACUGGUCGCUGAGGAAGAGGAAGAAUGUGGGCGUGGUAGUCAGAGAUUCCAAGACUGA